AAGCAGGUAGACGAAGAGUGACGUCAAAAUCUCUUAGGCGACGACGAUGAAAAUCCUUUAGCCAAUCAGGUCCGUUUUUACAUCACGUGGAAUACCGAGGAAGGGAAAACACGGAUUGUGAUCUCGUACGCUGCUUGGAGUCGUUUCUUGCUGACGUGUAGAUCCUUUGGAGCAGAGUCAUUUGUCUUCAUAUUCUCAAACCUGUGGUGUACUUGUCAUCUUGGGUGAAGCUGAGUGUCCAGAGUUUGUCUGUCCUGCUGGACUGACCAACUGUCACAGGGCCUGACUGACCAACCAAAACACAUCUUGUCACUAUAAUUCAUGGCACAGCUACAGGGUUUAAGAAGUGAAAAUAGAUAAAAAAGAACAAAGGAUGGCAGAGGAGGACCAACCCGAUGGACUUGCUCUCACCCGGUACCAUCCAGAAGGCCAAUAUGGGAUACCUCUCAUGGAGCUGCGGGAGUUGAUGGAGCACAGGGGUAGCGAAGGCUACAACCUUAUACAGUCAAAGUACAAUGGAGUCACAGAAUUGUGUCAUCUUCUAUACACAUCUCCCAUAGAAGGACUUUCUGGUUCACCAGUUGACCUCGCUGACCGGCGGAAAGUAUUCAGCUCUAAUGUGAUACCUCCAAAACCUGCUAAAACCUUUCUCCAACUUGUGUGGGAAGCUAUUCAAGAUGUGACAUUAAUCAUUCUUUUAGUAGCGGCAUUAAUUUCUCUAGGAUUAUCAUUUUAUAAGCCUCCAUCAAAAGCAGACGGUGAUGAUUCCGAGUCGGAAGCUGGGUGGAUUGAGGGAGUGGCUAUUUUAGUGGCAGUAAUUGUUGUAGUUUUUGUGACUGCUUUUAAUGACUGGAGAAAGGAGAAACAAUUCCGAGGACUUCAAAAUAAAAUAGAACACGAUCAUCAGUUCUCUGUUAUUCGCGGGGGACAAGAUACCAACAUUCCCGUCGGGGAAAUCGUUGUGGGGGAUAUAUGCCAAAUCAAAUAUGGUGAUUUGUUACCUGCUGAUGGAAUUAUUAUCCAAAGUAAUGACCUAAAAAUAGAUGAAAGCUCACUAACAGGAGAAUCUGACCAUGUGAAAAAGGGGGAGAUCAGAGAUCCCAUGCUUCUCUCAGGUACCCAUGUCAUGGAAGGCAGCGGCAAAAUGGUGGUCACUGCAGUCGGUAUCAACUCUCAGACAGGCAUCAUAUUUGCUCUCCUGGGAGCAUCACAGGAAGAGGAUGAAAAGAAGGACAAGAAAGAAAAAGACAAAGGGAAAGUGAAAGGGGACAACACAGGCACCCGACCUAACACUGCAGGCCAGAAUGUUCCAUUGCUUACUAGCGAUGCUGACACCAAAGUUGAUAUAGACCAGAUAAACCCACAAGUACCGACAGGAAAUUCCCACAAUGCAGUGAAUGCCAACUCCACGAACAAGGUGUCCAAUGGAAAGGACACGGAGGAGCCUGACCAGAAGGAGAAGGCUAUAAAGGCCCAAGAGAAUACCAGUCGCAAAGAGAAGUCCGUCCUGCAGGCCAAGCUUACUCGCCUUGCCAUCCAGAUUGGUUAUGGAGGUACUGCUAUUGCCGUGGUGACAGUACUUGUGCUCAUCAUCAAAUUUUGUAUCACUGAAUUUGUCACCAAGGAACACGUGUGGACAAGUGACAAGACAGCGGAUUACAUAGAGCAGUUUGUCAGUUACUUUAUUAUCGGUGUAACAGUCCUGGUAGUGGCUGUACCGGAAGGUUUGCCCCUAGCCGUCACGCUGGCACUCGCCUACUCCGUCAGAAAAAUGAGGCACGACAAUAACUUGGUACGGCAUUUGGAUGCCUGUGAAACCAUGAGUAAUGCCACUGCCAUUUGUUCUGAGAAAACCGGCACCCUUACUACAAAUAGGAUGACCGUGGUCCAGAGCUACAUCGGAGGUGUUCACUACAAACAAGUUCCAAACUAUGCCACCUUUGCGGACAUUUACAAGGAUGUCAUCGUCCCUGGAAUUGCAAUAAAUAGCGGCUACACAUCGCGCGUUAUGCCAUCCAAGGACGGUGGCUUACCUGACCAGAUCGGCAACAAGACAGAGUGUGCCUUGCUUGGUUUCGCUCUGGACAUGAAGCAGAGCUACGAAGAUAUCAGGAAUGAAAUGCCAGAAGGUUCUCUUAGUAAAGUCUAUACAUUCAACUCUGUCCGCAAGUCCAUGAGUACAGUCGUACCGAAAGCUGGAGGUGCAGGUUACAGACUGUUUACCAAAGGAGCGUCGGAAAUUGUACUGAAGAAGUGUGAUUUCAUCCUCGACUGCAAGGGCAUCCCGCGCGAGUUCAGCUUAGAGGAACAGGAGAGUCUCGUCAGCAGUGUCAUUGAGCCAAUGGCCUGUGAUGGACUUCGAACCAUCUGUAUGGCCUACAAAGAUUUUGUCAUGGGAGGUGAGGCUGCUGAUAAUGAGGUAGCUAUAGAGAAGACCCCAGAUUGGGAGGACGAGGAUGCAGUCGUGUCCGGACUUACCUGUAUACUCAUUGUUGGCAUUGAGGACCCUGUCAGACCUGAGGUGCCGAUGGCCAUCAAGAAGUGUCAGCGAUCUGGUAUCACCGUAAGAAUGGUGACAGGAGACAACGUGAACACGGCACGCUCCAUUGCCACAAAGUGUGGUAUCCUGAAGCCUGGCGAGGAAUUCCUUGUCAUGGAAGGCAAGGAGUUCAACAAGCGUAUCAGGGACAAUACUGGAGAGGUGAGUCAAGAACUACUGGAUAAGGUGUGGCCGAAAUUGAGGGUGCUUGCCCGGUCAUCCCCUACGGACAAGUAUAUACUGGUCAAGGGAAUCAUCGACAGUAAGCUCUCGGCUAACAGAGAGGUGGUGGCAGUCACAGGUGACGGCACCAACGACGGUCCUGCUCUCAAAAAGGCUGAUGUUGGCUUUGCUAUGGGUCUGUCGGGUACGGAUGUGGCAAAGGAAGCGUCGGACAUCAUCCUGACCGAUGACAAUUUCACGAGUAUCGUCAAGGCUGUGAUGUGGGGCCGAAACGUGUAUGACAGCAUUGCCAAGUUCCUCCAAUUCCAGCUCACUGUCAAUGUUGUUGCUGUCCUUGUGGCAUUUUUUGGUGCCUGCAUCAUCAAUGACAGUCCCCUGAAGGCCAUCCAGAUGUUGUGGGUAAACUUGAUCAUGGAUACGCUGGCUUCCCUAGCUCUCGCCACCGAGCUGCCCAGCGAGGAACUGCUCAACAGGCGUCCCUACGGUCGCACAAAAGCCCUCAUCUCUAGAACCAUGACAAAAAAUAUUGUUGGUCACGCUGUCUACCAACUAAUAGUUAUUUUUACUAUCCUCUUUGCAGGAGCGGAUUUAUUUGCUAUUGACGAUGGUCGGGGAGGCUCCCUACACGCACCCCCCACCGAGCAUUUUACAAUUAUUUUCAACACAUUUGUAAUGAUGACUCUUUGUAAUGAAAUAAAUGCUCGCAAAAUUCAUGGCCAGCGUAACAUUAUAGAGGGUUUAAGGCGGAACCCAGUAUUCGUUGGCAUCUGGAUUGGAACUUUUGUAUCUCAGAUAAUAAUAACUCAGUUUGGAGGGUAUGCAUUUAAAACCAAAGGUCUUAAAUUAGACCAGUGGCUUUGGUGUGUGUUCUUGGGAAUUGGAGUUCUACUAUGGGGGCAGAUAAUAACCUCUAUUCCGACUCACAAACUGCCCAAACACCUGUUCAGCUGGGGCUCCCACCCCCCAACUCAGGACCACCGCGACUACUCAGAUGGUCCCGAUAGUAAUGCUCAGGAGAUGGACGUUGGUGGACGUCGCGGCCAGAUCCUGUGGGUCCGUGGACUCACUCGGCUACAACAACAGAUACGUGUUGUAAAUGCUUUCCAAAUGGACUUAGAUUCUACGCACUUCGACAGCUACGAUAAACGUAGCCGACCUUCUGUUAUAAGUCUUCAGUCGUUGCAAAAUGCCCAGAAAGGGGGCGUGUCCAAAAAGCCUGUUCUUGCGAGCUCUCCUGAGGUAGAGGAAAAGUCGACCCGCCCUUGGCUAGGUCGACAAGAAAGUAUUCCUUAUGCUGAUGACUGAUUCUGCUAAGCUAUUUUUAGACAUUUAAGUUUUAGUCACUUUUUUUUUGCUCUACUGUGAAUGCAGGCUUUUUCUGGAUCGACUCGUGUUUGUUGUCAUUUCUAUUUCACCAUGGAACCUCUUAGUUCACGUUUUAACAAAUGAAGAUUUGACACCGCACUGAGCACUUAGCAACAAGCAACCCUCCGUAAGGAACCCAAGUGCACAGAAAUGUCGUUGCUGUCACCUUCAAUGACAGAAGUAAAAUUGGUCUUUAACAUUCAAUGGUCCAGACUUGUUCUGUGGUAGUGUUAAUCUUAUAUUCAUCAAUAUUGAUAGUGUUCAGUGGAAUGGUAAAUACAAACUAAUUGAUGUAUUUUAAAAGAAAAACAUCAGAAUUUGUCCUACACUAUAUACAUGUAGGCAUUAUUGAAAUCCAUUUUCAGAGAAAUCCACUUUUUAACAUCAUGCAGGGAUGGCAACAAGAGUUUGGUGGCAUGUAAAUGUAAAAGGUACCGUGUAUGAGUGCUUCGUCUUAACCCUUUCACCCCUGUAGACGAUAAUGGACUCAUCCAGAUCAAUGUAUGGUAGAGUCUACUAAAGUUACCUAGGGGUGAAAGAGUUAACAACAAUGUUAAACUUCAUAGUUGACCUGGUACUUCAUAGAAAAAAUAAUAAAUUAGACCCUCAAAGUUAACAAACUUAUGAAGAACAAGUUUUCUGAUCAACUAGUACCUUGAUUCAAUGUUGAUGUCAUACUAUGCAAAUCACCAGUCACACCUUGUCUGGAUCCAUCGGGACAGUAAAAGUGUUCUAUCUUCACUAGAUCUUGCAUUCACAGUAGACCUAUGAUUGUAUAGAUUGAAAACUAAUGGUUGCUGUCUACUGAUCCUGCCAUUAUCUACAUGCCCUGUGUAUGUACAGCAUUAAAGUUGUAGAAACUCAAUAGCUAGAUUGUAUGGAACGAGUGAUUUUAAUAUAAUAUUUAAAUACUUUAUGUUGCUCAUCUUUUCAUUUAGGCACAUUUGUUCCAUUAGAAUUUCAAACAAUAUUUUGCAUUAAUUUUAUGUCUAUUGUUGUAGUAAACUUGGAAAUUAUACAGGCAAUCUUAUGACAAUGAAAAAAAUGCUCAUUGGCACAAUUUAUCUGAAGAAUGUGAUGGUGUAGUGGUUUGUCAAACAUUAUUUGGAGUUGAGAAUAAGUUUGUAUAUCCGAGACUUCUGUAUCAGAUUUAACCUAGAAACCAGGUAAACUUAAAUAAAAAAAUGUAUUGUUAACUAUACUCCAAAUGGAAGAUGUAACCAUAUAGCAAGCUGCUUAUUGAAGUAAACCAUAGACUGAGAAUAAAGAAUCAAUACAAGAUUGAUAUUAUUCAAUGAACAGAUAUUCCUUCCUCAUCUCUUUGUGCAGAGUUACCUCCCUUGCAAGUAGAUCAGUUUGACCCCCCAACCUUGAACCAAUCUGUGUCUGUUUCUCCUUGACCUUCUUUACCCAACAAGCAGCAUAUUGGGGCAAAAAUAGGAAGCAUGUUGUGGUAUUUUAACUAGCUUUAGGAUGAAAUUCAUCCUGAUCAAAUUAACAGUCGGUGCAAAAACAGUAACACUGAUAUUAUAUUGUUAGAGAGCGGGAUUGCAAUUUUCACAGGGUGUAUUUUAUUUCAAAUGAAUAGCUUGUCCAGGUACAGUACAUUUUCCUUUAAAGAAAACUUUUUAGAUCAAAUAGUUAAAUGACACUGAAUUGGUUAACUAGAUGGACGUAUGAACCAUCAGCAGAUACAGGCUACCAUAUAAGUUUCACUAAAAAAGUUUGAAAUCUAUAUUUUCCUACUUCUUCGGUUUCUUAUGAAUAAUUCCUUUUCACUAGUAUGGUUGAAAACAAAGUGUAAAAACCAGAUUUGAGCGAGUGUUACAUGUUUGUGUAGUGGUGUAUGCAACCAUCAGUUUUCAAAAUACAUGUUUUUCUUGCUGCCCUUGCUUCAAUUAUUACCAUAUCUAUCUUUGUGUGUAGUCAUUUCUCUUUUGUAUAUUUUCUCAAUUUUCAAUCUUGCAUAUUUUUGUGAUUUUAUGUUUACAACACUGUGAAUGCAUUUAAUUUUAAAACAAGAUUUGGAGUUUUGAUGUUUUAUAUUUUUGCAAUCUUUUCUGACUAGCAUUUUGUUUAGUAAAGUGAAAACCUCAGGGCUAGAAAUGCACUUAGUGGAAAAGAGCUGUGGUGAUUGGAAAUGAGAAAGAAAAAAAUGGGGGGAAAUAAGAAGGAAAAAUCAAAGAAUCAUCUGUUUUUUAAUUGUAGUCGACCAUGAGCUCAAAUUAUACAUAAGUCAUAAUAAAAUACUCUUGAUACAUAACAAGCCACCAUUACACUUUCAGUCAGUUAUUCGUAAUCAUUGAGGAAACAUUCUCAUAAUGUUAUGAUCAGUUAUUAUCACAUCGAUACCUGGUAAGAUAACCAAGAAAAUAAACUACAUGUGUGUAUCCAGACACAAGUACAGUCAGUAUUGUGUGAAAUAAUUCAUUCAUUAAUGCUUUACUUGUUUUAAGGAUGUAAAUUUAAAACAUUCAACAAUUUAUUAUUGUGUGCAGAAAGAAAAAAGGAACUAGUUCCUCGUUUCAUUAUAUCACUAUAAAACCAUAAGAGUUUAAACAUGUUGAGCUAUGUAAGGUGUAAUAGUUAUCUUAGCCUAUUAUUAAAUCUCGUUAAACAGCAUUAGCUAACCAGAUAAGCACAUAUAAAAUGGAUUUUUAUUGGACCACAUUCUGUAGAUGAUAUUUUUUUGGCAUGAAUAUUUUCUGUUUUUUCUCCAUCUCUGUGAUAAGCUCUGUGGGAUGUAGAUACAAUAUAUAGUCUUCUCGACUGCAGGUCUCAAUGUACCAUCCCUUUUAUUACCACUUCCUCCUUCAUCAACAUACUCAAACAGAAGCAAUGGAUUUCCUGAUGCAGAUGUUAAAUUUCAUCAUAAUGAAAAAAUGUUUGAAAUAUGAUAUUAUACGCAGUGAAAAAGGUUGGGGGGUUUUUUUGGGGGGGGGGUAAAUUUCAUGAAACGUGAGCAUCAGAAACUCAAUGUUUAUAUUAAAUGUUAGUGCUUUCUUCACAUCUCUUCACACUUGAAGUUUAUACGACCAACUCUAUCUGUUCGCUUGUAGUCUAUCAACCAUCUGAUCAGUCAUCCUACUCCCCAUCUAUAUACAUUGUAUACAUUCUUUCUUAUUUUAAUUCUGCAUGUUACAAUAUAUUUAUUUUCUAUGAAAAGUAUAAUUCUGACAAGUGAUAUCAUUAAUUUGAAUUCUUUACAGGAAUUGAAUAAGUAUACAUUGUACUUGUAUAUUUAAAAUCACAUUUUAAUUAUUGUAAAAUUGCAGAAUUAAAAUAGAACUCAUUGUUAUUUAUACAAAGAGGUGCUCCCAUCAAAUGCUAAAAAGCUAAAGCUGAAAUUCGUUGAAAAUAUCAAAAGGGGAAAUAAUUUUGUUUAUGAUAAAUUAUCUUCCCUGACACUUAUUUAUUUUGAAAUGCCCUGUUGAUAUUUGAUAAUGUUCAGUCUAUUUAAUAUGAAAUAUCUCUUCAGCUUACUGUUUUUAUAUGUGAUUGGAGCAACUCCAAAUCAUUUUCAUUCAAAACUGUUCAUUGAAUUACUCCAUUUUUAAGGUAAAAUCAGGGAAAAAAUACACAUUUAAUGCCAGUAAUUUAUAAUUAAUUGAUUGAUAGUAAAUUCAAAGGAAACAUUUAAUGCAUUCAGCUUUAAUGAUGGGUACAUAACAUCAACCAUUUUUUUUAUUUCAUUGUCUUAAAAGUAUGCUUUUAUAUCUAAAUAUAUUAACAAAAUAAAUAAGUUGUUUUAACUUCCCUAGAAUUCUAAAUGUUUGCUAUCUCUAAUUUAUCUUGUAGAUUUGAAUGAGCCCAAGGAAAUGAACAACAUGGAGGGUUAAGAGCUUAAAAUCCACGUGACAGUUUCAUCUCGUUUUGUCUUAACGAGUGGUAGACCUUAGGUUUUCUCCUUUCUGCUAUAGAAUGGAAAAUAUAUAAUUGUAGAGAGAGCUAUGUACAAUAAUAGAAAGUUUUUGAGUGUUCAGCACACGAACAUGUGUAGUGCAGGACUUAGAAGUGCAACUUUUUCUAUGUUCCGAGGUUGUAUCGUUUUGAUAGACUAGACAUACAAUUAGACAAUUUCCUACAUAUCAUGUUGAGUCCCAUCUGAUGGCCGCCACCUUUCACAUUCACUGUUACAUCUACUAGAAAUUGUAAACUUACAGGACGGUCUUUUCAUAUUUUUAUUGAUAUAUUCAUGUAAAACUACUAAUUGAGUUAUGGUAGAGAACUCCAUUUGGGCCAUCCUAUAUGUAAAAAUAUACCCAUGAAAUAUGUUGCUCAUCUCUCAUCUUUGAAGCAUUGUAUAAAAGCAUCAUGACAUUGAUCGUCAUCAGAUAAGAUCGUUGUUACGAAAGUUUGAGCUCACAAAACAUCGAGGAAAGGCUUCGCUUGCAUGUUCCUUCUCAAUUUGCAAUACACAUAACAAUUAUUUGUAUUUCCUAAAUUUGAAAAGUUGAGUAGAUGCAGACUGUUUCAUGUGAAUAUGAAGUGACAUGCGUAUUCCUAAAUAUAGUAUAAAUCCAGUAAUUGGAAGAUGACGUUUCAUCUAGUUAAAUGGAGAAAUGGGAAAAAAUUAAAAGGGGAGGUUCAAAUAUGACUGAUCACUGUGUAUACAAUAGGAAAACGGUAUAUUCAGAUAAUAUAUAUGAAUUAUUGAGUCUCGCACUGUACAUACACUACAAGGAAAAUCGGUUAUGAAAAAGUUAUCCUGGAUAAAUGUGGAAAGAGUCAUGACCAGUGUUAAGGUAGGGAGUUCUUCACAGAAAUGGAGAAGUGAUAUAUAAAGAAUAAUGAAUGUAAUUUCUUUGUUGGAAUAUUAAAUGAACAUGUUUAAAUAUCUAUUCAAAAUCACACUGCAGAAGGGUCAGGGUUUUCAUGUUUCAAGUACAAACUAUUUUACUGAUAUUAUGUGUUGGACUUGUUGUGGUAAAUCCCAUUAAGUUUGAUCACGACUAGAUCUUUAGUGAAAUAGCUGUUUGAUCUAUUGAAAUAUAUCGGUUCAUAUAAUUUCGUGGAAUUUUUGUCGACUGUUUAAGCUUCAACAAUUAUGAAUUCUUCACAGUGUUAGGAAUUGAUUGCUUGUUUGGGGGGAUGUAAAUGUGUACAUGAAUGAAAACAGACAUGAACAGCACACACGUUACAGUACAUUGAUAAUAUUUCAAUGUGCUUUUAUAUCAUAUAUAAUGUGUUCAUAUACAUAACGUUGUUACUUUGAUGACGUGUUGUCUCUUUUCAUUUGUUGGUUAUUUAGAUAUCGUUUACGUGUUUGUUAGGUUUUUAUAACUAUGGUUUUGUACAUAAUUCAAAUAGAAAACAAGGGAGGUAGUGUUGAUCAUUUAUAAUAAAGUGACAUACUUGUACUUACAACUCUUGUCAUUCGGUGUUAAUAUUGUUCUUGGUAGCAAAGGUUUUACCAAGGGAUGUUAUGUACAGAGAAAAUUUAUUAAAUAUAUUUCAGUUCAAAUAAUGAAUUUUUAAUUUUGAGUUUUCUUGGUAGGACUGUUAGUCUUUGUUGAACAGAGUAACGUGUCUGUUUUUUUAAUUUUAUUUAAGAGUGUUGCUCCGUUUUAGUUACCUUGCACAAACAUGUAUGUAUCUUCCAAAAAUAGUUUUGUCGCAAUGUUCUGAAAAAGCAGCAAAGAAGCAAAUUUGUUAUUCAAAGUUAAAUUUUUUAUCAAAACAUACCUCAAGGUUUUGUAUGCUAAAAUAAAUGGCUUGCUCUCAAAUGUUAAAUUUAGUCAUUGGAUGCAGUCUGCAAUAUUUAUAUCUUGAAGUGUAUGCAAACCCAGAAAACACUGACAAUGUGGAUACUUGAGUACAGUUUGGAACUGAAACCCUACCCCUUCAUAGGCCUACACUGCUUCCCACAACCAAUUUAAGACCUCUGCUUAUAGGUGUCUUAACAUGUUACAAAUAAGCUGCUUCUCAAUAGUUUACAAGGGGUAGACACAAGUGAAUAUCAGUAUUUGUAUAAAUAUAUAUAUAUAUAUCCACCCAUUUUCCAAGCCUAAGGGCCUCCAUAUCCAUUCCCUAUCACCGAUCUGGUGUGUUUAUAUCAGUUUUGUUUUUGAUUUUAUGCGAGAGUAAUUUAUAGAGUGUAGCCGCAAUUAAUUUCUGUUACAAAUGAUUAUAGGAACAGAUAUGUUCUCUGUUAAAUGGAGAGAUUUGUAUUUGUGCUUUGUUUGGAGAUUGGGAGUUAUCUCCCCUGUCACAUGAGUUGUCUAACUCUUAUUAUGUCCCCUUAUUGCUGAGUUUACUUAUGGAAGGGGUUCUUUUUGUUUGUGAUUGUCAAGAUCAGUUGACUGACAACAUCAAUAUGAUAGAAACACGAUAUGCAAAAUAUCGAAUGUUGGAAUUUAUGCUAGAUUUCUGCAUUAAUUCUUUUCUGCAUAAUAUUAUUAACUUAACAGGGGAAAUGUAAUUUUUCUGAUGGUGGAAAUGUUAAAGUAUGGGAAUUAUAAUCCUAUUAUGAAGUUGUGAAAAUGUAAUAAGACAAAAAAUCGACAAAAUCGUAUGAAAAUGUGUAAGCUUUAAGUGAUCAUACACCACCAACACAGGCAAAGUUCAAACCACGCACCUUGUGAGAGUUGUCUACCUUUCUUUUCCGGGCAUGUUAACAGACAAUGUUGGACUACAUAGAUAUUUAUAUUUCUGUUUAGGGAUUGUUGCAGCGAUUUGUAAGAUGAAAUGAUGUUUUAUAAUAUAGAUAUAGUUGUAGAUAUAUAUUGAUGUUAAGUGUGCAUGCUAACCCUAUCAUGAUUUUGUAAACUCAGUGAAUUUAUUAUUAAAGCAAAGAAUUUUUUAA